CUUGAUUUAUUUCAGUCCAAGUAUUUCACUUAUUACUUUUCGGUCAAGUAAACUUUACUAAUAGUAACCAUGUUGAGUCUUAUUUUAUUUUCAUUGGUCACUAAUUCUUUUGCCCAAUCAUCAGAUCUCAUUAAUUGCUCUUCCGUAACACCAAUGGCCGGUUUUCAAGUACAAAAUUACACAGGAAGGUGGUAUGAAAUAGAAUACACUCUAAAUCCAUGGCAAACUCAUGAGUCCUGCACUGCCUUUCUGUAUCAGUACGAUGCAAAUAAUAAUACGCUAGAAAUCCGGGGACGAACUUUGAACAUUAACACAAGAUUGAGGCAUCAAUGUGAUGGUAUCACUAAAAUAAAUAAUGAUAAUCCUGCAUCAAUGUUAAUUUACUUGCCACCAUUCGCAUUACCAGUACCGAUAAACUUCAUUAUUGUUGAUACUGAUUAUGAAAAUUACGGAGCUGCUAUACAGUGUUCUGCAACUGAGCCUAGUCUUCCAAAUGCUUGGCUGAUAGGAAGAAAACGUACCCUUGAACGAAAAUACAUUUUGCGUGGUGAACGAGCCCUGAGAGCCAAUGGCAUCCCGACAAAUAGACUAGUAUACAACAGGCACCCAAAUUGCCCGGAAGAUUGGUAGAAAUAAAUAAAUAAAUGAAUUUAUUUAUUUGCUUAUUAACUUUAUAUUCUUAACGGUACAAUGAAGUACUUGCAUAAAUAUUUGUUUAUUUAUUUAUGAAUAAAUUGAACAUAUUCAACCGA